AUGGCAGAGAAGCGACCUUCUAUUGAAAGUGCCGUCGACGUCGAGGAGAAGCGAGUGGUGCAGCGCAAGGCCGUCCACGCUUCCGGAUGGUUGCUCGCCACGAUGAGCUUCCAGGCGCUCGGAAUCAUAUACUCGGACAUCGGUACUUCUCCCCUCUACGUUCUGAAUGGUAUCUGGCCAGCGUCUGGAGGACCACCGGUUGAAGAGGACAUCAUUGGAGGCGUGAGCGCCAUCGUAUGGUCGCUGACCCUUGUCCCGCUACUCAAAUACGUCUGCGUCUGCUUGCGCUUUGGCACCACCGAAGGCGAAGGUGGGACAUUUGCCCUGUUCCAAGGUCUUUACCCAUCAGCGGCUUUUGAAUCUGCACCGACGUACGACUCCAUGAUCGCAAACGGCCAGAUCUCUCGACGCCGUCGGCGGACACCUAGUAGCCUCCGAUGGACGCUGCUGAUAUGGUCCUUGCUCGGCACAAGCUUGACGAUGGCUGACGGGGUGUUGACGGCGGCCGUUUCUGUUACCAGUGCCGUUGGCGGUAUCGCUGUGGCCAAGGAGUCGGUCUCCAGUGACAUUGUUCCCAUCUCCAUUGCGUUUCUCGUCGCCCUGUUCAUCGCCCAACCUUUCGGUACCAGCCGCCUUGCGUUUUCUUUUGCGCCGAUCACUUCCGUGUGGAUCCUACUACUGGGCAUAACGGGCAUCAUCAACAUCACAAGCUCUCCUGGUAUAUUCCGUGCAUUCGAUCCUUCACGUGCGAUCCUUUGGUUUGUCCGUACGAAGAAGUACGAUGCGCUUUCGGGCGUUUUGCUUGCUGUGACGGGAUGCGAAGCCCUGUUUGCAAACUUGGGCCAAUUCAAUGCCUUAUCCAUCCAGAUUUCUUUCGCAGGGUUCGUAUACCCUGCACUCGUUCUUGCGUACCUCGGACAAGGUGCCAAGCUCAUUGUGGACGGCGACAACAUCAUCCAGAACGUGUUCUACACUAGCGUUCCAGGUGGAAGCGACAGCCCCAUGUUCUGGGUCAUGUAUGUCUUUGCCAUCCUGGCAACACUUAUCGCAUCGCAAACGAUGAUCACGGCUACAUUCAGUCUCGUGCAACAACUCAUCAACUCCAAGAGCUUCCUUCCGCUCCGAAUCCACCAUACGUCCGACAAGAACCAAGGACAAGUGUAUAUCCCCGCCGCCAACUGGAUCCUAAUGAUCGGGACCAUCAUAAUGGUCGCGGCCUUCAAGAACCUCACGCAGCUCACCAACGCUUACGGCUUUGCCGUGUCUACGGUCAUGUUCACCACGACAGCCCUCGUCGCCAUGCAAGUCGUGUACGUGAAGCAGAAGCCUAUCGUACUCGGCUUGUUGCUCUUCUUGUUCUUCGGCUUCAUUGAUGCCCUCUUCUGGGGCGCAUCGUUGCGCAAGGUUCCCGAAGGUGCUUGGGUUCCUCUCAUGAUCGGUCUCGUCUUGUUGAGUGUCAUGGUGUUCUGGAACUGGGCCAAAGGUCUCGAGGACGCUUUUGACAGCAGGAAUCGCCGCCAGCUACAUGACUUCAUUGUCGGAAAGGACGAGACGGCCCUUGAUGGAAAGGUCCAACAAGAUAUUGUCGAUGACGACGCCAUCAUCGAAGAUGAAGAGGCACAUGAUGACUCUGAUGCCGCCACGCUCUACUGUCUUCCACCUGUCGCGUUCUGCGGAGACGACAAAGGUUCGGAUGGACGUCGCGAACUUGGUCGUGUGCCUUUAUUCGCGAUCUUUCACCGGAUGGCAAAUGAGAAGGGCGUCCCGCAUUCGUUUACUCGCUUCAUCUCGCAAUGGCCCGCGCUACCAACAUUCGCCGUCUUCCUAACAGUGCACGUUCUGCCUGUUGCGCAUGUCACAAAUGUGGACCGUUACGUCGUGCACAAGCUGUUCGCCUUGCCUGGAUUCUACGGCGCAACCUACUAUCUAGGCUACCGUGACGAGUUCGGCGUCGAGAUUUCGGAAAUCGCAGGCAAGAUCAAAGAACUGGAGGCGCGUCUUAACCCUGGUGGUGUCACCGGCGAGUUAGGGCCACAGCUCUCAGCACUGGCGGCUUCACAUACUCACAUCGUCCCGCACUACGAAAUCCUCAGUAGACCUCUCGGCCAUAGCAAAGUCGCUGCCGUCGGGAACUACAUCAGAGCCUUCUUGAUCGAGGACGUGUAUGCGCGCCUCCGCAUCAUGUUCCCUGAAACGAUGAAUUGGAUCGCAUCGCCUGAUAGAAUCAUACGCAUCGGAGUUACUGCCCGUGUCUAG